AUGGCCAGGCACAAGAAAUGCGGCCACAACGCGUCAGCGCUCGAGGGCAGCUUCCGCGCUGACUUGCUCACAGCCGCGAUCACCGACGGCAGCCAUGGUCCUCUCUGGAUGGCCACAGCCGAGCGGCGGCACCUCAAGGUCCACCAGAGGCGCAGCCUCUCGCGCAGGUGCUUGGUCGGCAGAGCGCCAGCUGUCCAAAGGCACCGAGCCUGGACAGGUUGCACGCAGCGUACAGCCGGUGCCUCUCGGCGGGCACAGCUGGGACGCCGACGCCUCCCACACCGAACGUGCGACGUCCCGCGAAUGCGCCCCUGA